AUGGAGAGCAACGGAGCCGUCCAGGAGAUCCCAGAAAAGAGGAAAAAACGAAAAGUCGCCGAUCUGGACGCCUGCGAUGUAGGCAGCACCAAUGUGGGUACCAACACAAGUAUCAGAAUUUGUACCAAUCCGAACUCGGGUGCUCCCUACCAACAUCGAAACAGAAAGAAAAUCAUCAAGCUGAAGAAUAGGAAAAUAGAGGACCUGUUCGUCAUACGGAAUUUCCUGCCCAUAUGCGAAGAAUUCCUCGUAAAGCACCAUGAGAGUAUAUUUUCAAACUUGCUGCCAAAACAGGAGGAGGAAAAGGACAAGACAAAGGGAAAAGGGAAGUCUUUACAGGCCAUUACGAAGGGAGAACCCGGACAAGAUGAAUCCGAAUUAGAUAAGAAGCCGGAUCAGCUGGAACAAACCAGGGAUCAUAAAGGAGGCGAGACCAAGGAGAAGGAAUGCGUUAGGAGGAAGGCGAAAAGGAAGAAGAAAAGCAAAAGUGGUGACGAGUUGGGAGCGGGAAGCCAAGGAGAGGACCACUUGGGAGAAGGAAGCGAAAGUGUAGACGACUUGUGGGAUGGGCCCCCGGGGGACAGCGAAAAGGGGUCUGCCACGAAUGGGUCUGCCACGAAUGGGUCUGCCAUGAACGGGUCUGCGCCGAACCGCUCCCACUCAAACCUCCACCGAACCAACCUCUACAGAAAGUACGCGCAACAUACGAAGCAGUGCCUCAGAGAAAUGGACCUCCCCUUCGACAGAGCAGUCCUCCUAAACGUAGUAGACAAAGAAGACAACACAAGCAAAAUAAUGAAAAUAGUAAAUAAAAAAAAAGUCAUCAGUGCAUUUGGAGAUACAUGGGAGUGCAUGAUCGAGCACAUCAUAUCUCUAAAGGAACACAAGAAUCUGAUGAAGAUUUACGACAUAUAUGAUGACGAUAAAAAUUUCUAUAUGAUUAUGGAGAAGCUAUAUGGGAAGGAACUAUUCAAUUUUCUCGUUUAUAAGAAGCAGGUCAAGGAGAGUGUGUGCAAGUAUAUACUUAGCCAGAUUCUCCAAGCCGUUAAUUACCUGCAUCACCAUAAUAUUAUCCACAGAGAUAUAAAACCGGAGAAUCUCAUGUUUAGAAAUAAGAAGAGGAAGGAUAAAACGUAUGAGUAUAACUAUGAGUUAGUUUUAAUCGAUUUUGACACAUGUCAGUUUCUUCAUCCCCCCAGCUUGGGUCGCCUCCCUGGAUUGUCUUACCCUCCUGGAACCGCCAACCUACGUAGGACCGUUUCGCCAUCUUCCAGUACAGAAAGGAGGGUGACGCCCAGCGAGUGCGCCAAGAUGUGCAAACAUGGAGAAGUAAGAAAAAUGGAACAGAAGAAGGGUGAUUCUCCUGGGGAGAUGCCAAAGGGAUGCGUGAAAAGUUUUAGUGAGAGAAGGACAAAGGGAAAGAGCACACACGAGAGAAGCGGGACAUCGAAUUUGUGCCAGCACUCCGGACGCCAACAACCACGAACCAAAUCCUCCUCAGGGAAGAAACACAUGAAGCUUGUGGGCACCUACGGAUACAUUGCCCCUGAGAUCAUUAAAGGAUAUAAUUACUCAAUCUUGUCCGAUAUGUGGUCGAUAGGAAUCAUUUUCUACAUUCUGAUGACGGGCAUUACCCCCUUGCCCAUGUGUCUAAUGGUGAACUACAAAGACACCAAGGAUAUUAUUUUGAAGAAGGAAAAGAAAGGAAUCAAUUUCAGCUUACUCUCGUUUAAUAGCUACCCAUUGGCAAGAGACCUAUGUGAGAAGUUGUUGCAGUUCGACCCGGCUGAGCGCAUGCCAAACUCUGUGAUCGCAUCGCAUCAUCCCUGGUUAAGAUAUUUCAAUAUUCUCGGAACAAACAUCAACCUCUGUGCAUCUGAGAGAAAGUACCUAACACCUUCUCACCUGAGUCAGAACACGCUGCAUGACGGACCUUACGUGAAGAAUAAACGACCUCGAUAUGGGGACAGGAACUGCCAUGUGAUCCUCCCAUACCAUAUGCAGAAAGAAGUGAACCUUAAGGAAGAUUUACCCCCCUUUCUGCCCCUCUCCAACGAGCAAAGAUACUACUACUUCAUCAACCAAAGGAUAAGAAAUUACUACGCAGUGCGCAAUGGCAUCCUCCCCCAUCCAGGAUUGUCUACCUCCCUCGAGAGGUUCUCAUAUCUGCGAGGGGGCAACCUCAGCGGGGAUAAGGUAUCACUUUGUGGCGACACGCUGCUUCCUUGUGGUGACAAGGUCAUUGCCACGUCGUACUCUGUGGAAAACGACUUUGAGGGAAAAACCCAUGCGGUGAAUUAUUACCAGGACAGGGACAGCAGGCACCCCCCGAGGAUAUCCCACCAAUUUGUCAAGAGGCACAAUGCCGCUGACCAUGACGGAGACAAUUCCUGUGUCAAUCCCUGUGACAUUACCCGUGACGGUGGCCGCUUACACCCCGCUGAGGGAAUGGCAUCCGUUCGACACGCACAGAAGAUGAGAAGGCCACAGCAAGACGAAGAGGAGAAGAAGGACGAGGAGGAUGAAGAAGCCUCGAGUGCACAAAGGAGACGACCUCUUCGCAGAAAAGCGGGAAAAAUUUUGACAAACGUCAAGGGGAGAGUCACUGGUGCGGCUCUCCACGGGAGUGAAAAGGGAAACUAUGGCACCGAUCAUCGAUAUAUUCUUACUCAGCAACAUUUGCGCAGUCGUGAUGAUGAUCGCCCCCUCACUGGAAGCCGUGAUCCCAUUUCCCUCCACCCAGAUGAAGAAUCCACCCCAGACUGCAACAACUUUGUAGACCUCUUCGAACAUUUAAUCGAAAAGAAAAAAAAAAAAUUCACCAUGACAGGGAAGCCAUUGGAGAAGCUCCCUUCCAUUGAGAAGCCUUUUCCCGAUUACUACGUACCGAAUGAUGAACAAAUCGAUGGAACAAGAGACGGGAUAGGAGGACUCCUCAAGCGAAAGGAACACACCACCACGGAAGAGGAGAAAGAUGUGGAAUACAUACGAACGCAAAAUGUGUCCGAACUAUUUUCCUCCCCCCCGAUGUGCAUAAUCCCGCAGAAUGAUCCUAUGAAGAUCAUUCAGAUCGACGAGGAGUAUAAAAGGGCAUAUGAUUCUGCUCCACCGAAACGGGUUUACGUACCAAAUAGUCACCUCGCCCUUCCACACAGAGGAGAGAAACCCAAUGUAAUCCUCGUUCCACAGAAGCUGUCUCCCUCUCUUCUCCCACUUGUAUACCACCACUGCAACGGACUAAGAAACAGUAUUGUUCUAAAUGAUAAGGGCCACCUAACAAACAGCAGUGAUGACCUCGUUGGCGUGAUCAACAGCGACAGACAUUCCAACACCUACUAUGCCAAUGUGGCGGCCAAUGCAUAUGACGACCCUUGCAAAGUGACUAACCUGUACGAGACGUCCACCAGUUUGAAUGAAGCACAGGAGGAACAGGUGACUCUCCAGGAGGGGCAAAAUAAUGGCAUGCAUAGUCAGCACGACGGGCUUAACGCCAAAUUGGCAAGAACUGGCACCAGAAGUAAGGUCUCUCAGAACGGCGCCAAAAGUAAGAUCCCUCAGAACGGCGCCAAAAGUAUGUUCUCACAAAAUGGGAACAUGCCACCAAUAUAUGUCAACUAUCGCAGGGCCAACAAAAAUAACAUCGAAAUCGUUCCCACUAUGUUCAGACAAAAUUAA